AUGACUAUUAUUCCUGUUAGUAACUGCUACGAACUGUGUAUUUCGCAGGAAGUCACCGUUGACGAUAUGGCCGGUCGAUCCAUGCCGUUCAGUGAUAUGGCGGCCGAGGCACCAAGGAAUGACAACAUGGGAGGUUGCGCGACAGGCAUUCGAUGGUUCGACCAUGAGGACGGACGGCGGACUGGACAGCGGAUCUCCUCC